GUCAUCCGUCUAGCCCUUUGUAAAAAUUUAAGAGUGUUUUGUACGGGGGAGGGUACGUUUGUGCCGAAAGACAGAAGAGUUUUAAUACGUAAACGUGAGGGCUUUACAGAAGCUACAAAACACCAAAAAACGGAAUUGUGCCAUUCUCCUCUCGCAAGAUACAACACACGUGCCAGCGAAGUUUGGCAACUGUAGAAGCUACCCAGGCGUGCGGAACAGUCUCCCGCCCCUUAAGCCAUUGGGCAGCGUAUUACUUUUUGGACGUUUCCCUCUUCUUCUCCCCCCUCCGAAGAACGAGAGCGGGAAAGCCACAAAGCGACGAGGCGUCACAGCCCUGCCUCCAGACACACCUCUGGGCGGGAAUGUUUAUGCUGGAGCGCCGCGCGCUCUUGCCCGUUUUUACGCGCGCGCUGGAGCCCGGCCUUCCCGCCGUUGAGGGCCAAGCGGAAAGGGCAGCUGGCGGCCGUUCGUCGCGCCUCCGAAGGUGCCUUUCCUCCCGCCCCGAGACGGCGGCCAUCCUUUGCUGCCGGCGGCGGGGACGCCUGCCUACUUGGCACGCUGGACUGGAGGAGGUGGGGGAGGAAGAGGCGGCCCUUCGCCGCCGCCCUCUUUCCUCCGCCCUUCUUGCCCGUGGCUUCCCCUCCUUCAUUCACCAAAGGGAGGAGGAGCCAGGCCACUCCAGGAGCCCGCGGGAGCGGUUGUAAGACGCGAGGUAGCCAGUCCUGCCAGCGCCGACAGCAGCAGCGGUUACUCUUUUGCGUUUUCCUCCCUCCACCGCAACAGCCGGGCGGCUCCGCUUGCCUCUCGCUCUUCCCGAAGCUCCUCGCCGCCCAAAGCGCUCGCUUUUCCAGCCGGUUGCCAGCGUCUCUUUAGCGGGAACUUCUCCGGAUUGGGGCUCAGUCCAGGGUUUCGUUGAGACGAUGGGUUGCAAAGGUCUUGUUGGUAUUGGACAGCAGUUGUUCCGUCGGAAAGUCGUGGACUGCACAAGAGAAGAUAGCCGUCUCUCACGAUGCCUCAACACAUUUGACUUGGUUGCGCUUGGUGUGGGCAGCACACUUGGGGCAGGAGUUUAUGUACUUGCUGGGGCAGUGGCCCGAGAAUAUGCAGGGCCUGCCAUUGUGAUCUCCUUCUUGAUUGCUGCUCUGGCCUCUGUCCUGGCUGGACUUUGCUAUGGUGAAUUUGGUGCUCGAGUUCCGAAGACUGGAUCAGCUUAUUUGUAUAGCUAUGUAACUGUGGGCGAGCUGUGGGCAUUCAUCACUGGAUGGAAUCUAAUUCUUUCCUAUGUCAUCGGAACAUCAAGUGUGGCCAGGGCAUGGAGCGCAACAUUUGAUGAACUUAUAGGCAAGCAUCUCGAGACCUUCUUUCAUAAGCACAUGUCUAUGGACGCUCCUGGAGUGCUGGCAAAAUACCCGGACAUCUUUUCUGUUUUCAUAAUCUUAAUUUUAACAGGACUUUUAACAUUUGGAGUGAAAGAAUCUGCAGUGGUUAACAAAGUGUUCACUUGCAUCAACGUUCUUGUCUUGGGCUUUGUCAUGGUGUCGGGAUUUGUGAAGGGAUCAAUAAAAAACUGGCAACUCCCAGGUGACAGCGUGAAUAAUGUAACCAACGCCUCGCAUGAAUACAACGUCACCCAGGACGAUAUCUCGCAUGGUGCUGGUGGGUUUAUGCCCUAUGGUUUCUCUGGAGUUCUGUCAGGGGCAGCUACGUGCUUUUAUGCAUUUGUAGGAUUUGACUGCAUUGCCACCACAGGCGAGGAAGUAAAAAACCCCCAGAAGGCAAUUCCGAUAGGAAUUGUGGCCUCGCUUCUGAUUUGCUUUGUUGCAUACUUUGGCGUGUCAGCUGCUCUCACCCUCAUGAUGCCUUACUACCUGCUAGAUCCAAACAGCCCUUUGCCCAAUGCUUUUAAGUAUGUGAAAUGGGAAGGUGCAAACUACGCGGUGGCUGUCGGCUCACUUUGCGCUCUUUCUACCAGCCUGCUUGGGUCCAUGUUUCCAAUGCCUCGGGUCAUUUACGCUAUGGCAGAAGAUGGGCUCUUGUUUAGGUUUUUGGCUCGUGUCAAUGAGCGGACGAAGACCCCAAUGAUUGCUACAAUAAUAUCAGGAGCUGUGGCAGCUGUCAUGGCCUUUCUCUUUGACCUGAAAGAUCUUGUAGACCUUAUGUCCAUCGGGACACUUUUGGCUUACUCCUUGGUGGCUGCCUGCGUGUUGGUACUAAGAUACCAACCUGAGCAGCCAAACUUAGCAUACCAGAUGGCCAGCACAACAGACGAAGUGGACAACAAUGAGUCUGUGAGCACCAGUGAAUCCCAGACUGGGUUUCUACCAGAGGAAGAAGAGAAGUGCUCCCUAAAAGCUGUUCUCUUUCCCCAAAACUCUGAUCCUUCUAAACUCUCUGGAUUUGUAGUGAAUGUCUCGUCCUGCAUCAUAGGUUUCCUUAUCAUCACCUUCUGUAGCUUGACUGUCCUUGGCAGAGAGGCUCUGUUGAACGGGACCUCGUGGGUUAUUAGCCUGCUUGUUAUAGAUUUCCUCCUCUGCUUUGUUGUCACUGUGGUUAUUUGGAGGCAACCUGAAAGCAAAACCAAGCUCUCCUUCAAGGUCCCUCUUCUGCCUAUCCUUCCAAUCCUGAGCAUCUUUGUGAAUAUUUAUCUCAUGGUGCAGUUGGACACUGGCACCUGGGUACGGUUUGCUAUCUGGAUGUCAGUAGGUUUUGUUAUUUAUUUUACCUAUGGCAUGUGGCACAGUGUGGAAGCCUCAUACUCAGCACCGAUAGAAGCGGAAAGAAGUACAGACAACAAUACGGACACGUGCAAAUGAAUGAUGGCAUGCUGCACAAAAAAACCAAACAGACAGUUGAGCGUCAUCCAUGGCAGAGAGGGACACAGUUCUUUCUGGGACCCUGAAGUAUUUCAUUCUGUGGAACAUUAGGUGGGCUCCUGUGCCCCACCGAUGCCCCUUGCAGCUCAUUUACCUUAGUGGUGCAGCUUUAAGGGAUGACGAGGAAAAAGCCAGGCUCCUGGCAUACUCCCAAGCAACACUGUUGCCCGGUGUUGGCAGCUUCCUUUUGUCCCUUCUUUCUCUCUCCUUCCCUCUCUUGAUUUUAAGGCUAUGGCAAGAAAACUGCUCCUCUGUGUGCCAGUUUACUUCCAAGGCUGCUGUGAGACCAAGGCUGCAAAUUGUCUCCUUAGGGUACUGUACUUGGAUUUGAAUGGAGCAGCCCCUGCGUUAUCUGCAAUGAUACACAUGCUGGACCAUCACAAAGAAGGAGCCUUGCCUAAACAAAGACAUAGUAUGAAAGGCCCCCCCCCCCACACACACACCGAACUGACCUGGUUAAGACGAACACUGGGUGGUGUUACUUAAUCAUUGUACUUGACUUUUUCGUGUGUGCAGGUAAUUCCUGUGUAUGAAAUGCAAUGUUACAGCAAUCUUAGGAUAGUUGCUUGCAGGCUGAGUUCUGUUCUUGUGAUACAAACAGUUGCCUGGCAAAUAGCAGAUUCUGCUGCUUGUGAGAGAAGCUUCUAGCUUAUGGUAUAAUGCUAUGUAGAAUACGUGGGUUCCUCUUCGUCUCCUACCUGUCAGUUGCUUGAAUCUGCAAAAUCAAGGACGCCUUCGAAUGAUUGCCAUGGGGUGGGAAGUUAGUCAUGUACUGUGUAAAACACUGUUCCGUAGUAAAUGCUUUCCACUCCUUGUAUUUCUUAUCUUCCCUAUAACCUUAUGAGGUAGGCCAUUGAAGCUGACAGACAACGACUGUAUUUAGUCAUGCAGUAAGUCCAUGGCAAGGGUGGGAUUUGAAACUGAUUUUUGCCAGAUCCAACACUCAGGAUUGUCAAAUGGAAUUACGUGGUUGUAUAAUUAAUUUAAAGCAUCAUACAAGUUUGUCGGGAGGGGUUGUGCUGAACUUGGCUUUUCUAUCAUGGAGUAGGAACCAGCAUUCAUUUAUUGUCCAUCUAGAAAAUUUAAGACAAGCAUGUGGUCUCUUAAGUGCAAAUAUUGUGGCUACCCCACCCAAGGGACGACUCAGCUUGGAGAUGUAGGGGAGAGAGACGUGGUACUAAAAGUAAACAGAGUUCAUAUCUGCAGCUAAAUACUGAGUCCGAGGCACAAAAGCGUGAGGGUUUACUUCAGAUUUAGACUGGGGCUGCCACAUUCGCAGGCCAGUUUUCGGAUUGUCAGUGAAACGCUAUUCUUCUUUUGGUAAGCAUCUCAUUAAGGUGGCUUGUGCUGUACUCCAGGAUUUCAUGCUCUUUUGCAGACUCGUUCCUGGAACAGACAUGUACUUGAAUAAAAGUGAUGUAUCCUCGGAGGCAACAGAAGCUGAACUGGCAGCUUUUUGAGAUUCUAAAGCCAUCUUUGAGUCAUCCUCUCAGGUGGGGGGGAGGGGGGGGAGUAAUAGAAGAUUGUUAAAUGUAUCUAUGCACAGAAAAAGGGUUUCCUCUGUAAAAAUGUGGAUAUCCAAAGGAAAAAAAUUCAAAUUCAUGUGGAUUCUUUCUGAAAAAACAAUAUUCUGAUAAACGAUGUGUGUGCGCGUGGGUGUGCACCUGCGCACGCAUGCAUUGUCAGUAUCCUUGGAGACAUGAAAUGUUUUUUUUUAUUUUUUGUUUUGUAUUUGCUUAGCCGCGUUAAAUAUUGUAGAAGGCAUAUUGUUUGGCAAAUAGUGGCACUUAGAAGAAAGGGAAUUUAUGCUUUGUUAGAGGAGGUUCAUUUCUUCCUUACUGUGUGUGCAGAAGUUCAGUGGAAAACUUUUUUCCUUUGUGGCAUCCAAAGUUUCCCAGUUCUCUUAUUUGGUGUUUUAAAGGCUAAAUUAAAUCACCUCUCCCUGGCAGCAACAUUGGUAGCUUAUAAAUAGCGACAGUAUGUGGAUGGUAUGUAACGGCACAGAGAAGAAUUUGAAUGAUCAGUAAAGCAAACGUUUGAACCAUGACUGGCUUUACGUUAGGGGUACAUGGGGACAAAUCAAGGUCCCUGUGUAGGCCAGGUGUGGAUAAGGUUUUGCAGAUGAAAAUCUCAUUGUGGCUCGAAGCACUUUGAAUUUUAUUUAUGGGUGAAUCGAUUCUUCUCUGCAUUGUUCUAUAGAACAUUUUUAGACUGCACUCCCAUUUCAAAGCUGUUGUCUUUUCUGAUGCACGCUGUUUUACUAAGUGUGAGCCAGACAACAUGCAGUGCAAGAUGAUCCAAUCACAGAUCCCCAGAUGAGCAAUUUAGCCUCAAAAAGCAAUUGAUAGGACACUGAUGUGGAUUAGGGCUUCAGAUACCCAAGUUUUAUGAAUACUUGCUCCUUCCACAGUUUCCUCAGCCAAAACUGCCUUCCCCAGCUCUUUUUAGGGGUGAGAGACGAGUCCCGAUAUUGAGCCUGUCAUAUCUUCUCCUCCUUCCUACAGCUAAAAGCAGCCGGGGUGGGGGAUGUCUUUUGGAUCAGGGAAGCAGCAUGGUAAGAGGAAGGCUUAACCCUCUCCCUUUCCCAGCAUCACAGCUCUGACCUGUAUCUUCCACUCCAGGCCCUCCCCAUGGCUGUUUUUUGAGGCUGAAUUGUUCCCCAAGAAGAUCCUGUCAUGGGUCCUCAGUGUCACAUUUGAUUCUAUAACCAAGAUGGAGUUUGAGCCCAAACCUUCCUGGUCCAUUGGGCCAAUUCUUGCUCUCAGGACUGUUCUCACAUGUGACAAAACUCCUUUUUUAAGGUCACGUUCUCCAUGGAAUUGUACCUGAUCACUGAAAUGUCCCGUGUGUGGAGAGAGAAGCUGCCCUGUUGGGCCAGGUUUUGAGAACAAGGCCGUGUACCCAGCUCUCUGCUUUAGUUCAUGUCGGCGUUCUAAUUGCUGCUGGUCAAGGCCUGCAGGGCCUGAUUUCAGCUUAUUCAGGAAGCAUCUUCUAAGGAUAAAAUCGAUUUUAAAAUUAAUGGGGGGAAAAACCCCAAACAUCUGCAUUUGUUAUGUAUUCAGGUUAAAACAAAUUAAGAGUAAACAAUGAUUGAAUGCAUUCAUUCAUUCAGUUCAUUUCCCUGGAUGUUACAUUUAGUUCCCAAGCGUAGCCUUUCAUUACCUAUAUAACAGAGCCUUUCCCCUGAUCUAUCUGAAAUGAGGCUGAGAAGAUCCAUUGGGUGAGGGGUAAAGUUCUGGCACUCCCUUCCAGACACUGAUGCCACUCAAUUCUAGCAAGUUUUUAGAAAUUCAUUUUUUUGUGAUUUAGAGUCCUAGUUACUGUGUUGAUGUUGGCAUAAUUGUAUGGUGCUUUAGAAGUGUUUAUGUAUUUAUUUUUCCAGCUUGUGGUGGAGGUGGGGGCGGGAACCAGAACGAAUAUCUCACAGAGAGUGGUUUGUGACAUUCUCACAUACCUGUACAUUGAAGCAUAUACAUACACCGAGAGGUUGUGCUUUCUGUUGAAAAGUUAGAUUCAUACACAUUCCUUCAUGGAAGCAAAUUCACAGUAGAUGUUCUGUGGUAAGUGAAGCAGGCCUUGGAAGGUCUUUUGCCUUUCUGAAAUGUGUAAACAGCGGGACUAAAUUUCUAGGGUUGUGGCAUUUCCAGGCUUGCUUUUAAUUUGCUUCUGUACUAGGGCAGGGUGCCCCUAAGAACAAAGAUGAUACCUUCUAGGAAUGGCCACCGGGAAGGAAGAUUUCAUCCAGUCCAGUAUAUGGAUCUUCUCACAUGCCAGUAGUUAGCUGCUGCGUCUCCACAGGGCUUGCAGCACAUACCUGUGUGCUGUCGUUAUGUGGACUGUUGCAUCUGGCUAUCCCUUGUGUUGGUGGAAUACAGGAAACAGGGUACAAACUGUAUCCUUUGGUCUUCAGGAACGCCCUAGGAGGGAAAUCCUGUACCGCUGUGCAGUGAAGGUCAGCCAGCCCCGUGUAUUUGCUUCCCUUUACUGCUGAAGCCUAAAUGUAAAAACAUUCAAAGCUUGAGUGUUUUGUUGCAGAACUGACUGAUGCUGCUGUAAGUUUGCUAUUCUUGUAGUGUUUUUGUAAAUAGGUGGAUAACUAUUAAUUAUUAUUUUUAAUACUAUGUUUUUGUAUAGCUGCUGUGGCAUUUCACUGUAUAUAUGGUCAAAAUUUUGAAGUAUUGAUUCCCUUGUGGCGCUCUUCUCCCUCCCCACGCCCCGUGCCAAGAGGGCUCUUAAAAGUAGCCUGUUGAAUCUAUAGAAGCCUCCUCUUCCUUCAGGAAUCGUCUCCUUUUUGCUUUUUUUUUCUUGCUCGAGCAAACACUUGCUGAAGUGUACAAGCAUCAUGUGGAAGGUAUUGUGUAUGUUUGUUUAUGCAUAUGCACAAGCCCCAAUUAAACCAAGACUAGGUAUGUACAUACUGUGUAGUGUGAUCCCAUGCAUGUUUACUUGGAAGCAAUCCAACUGAGCCCAGUGCAACUUACUCUCAAGAGAAUCUGCAUGGGAUUUGAAACUGUGUGUAGGUUGGGUUCAGUGUCUCCCCCCUUGCCCUGACCAUAGAAGUUCAGUUGUGUAUGUGGUUAAUUUCACCCACAGCAUAGGAAGGACUUUGAAAAGGCCUCUUGGUUUUUGCAUUGGAGUUGCAUUCAAAACAUGGAUGAGCCUUUCAAACCGUGAUUGCCUGUUGUGGAUGGAUUGUUUUGAACAGCCAGCUUAUGUUUAAUGGACACUCCUGAUGAUCAGGGGGCCAGUGGGCAAUUAUGAUGAUGUGUUAAACAUUUGUAAUGUGAUUCCGCCCUGUGUCUACAGUAUAUAUUGCUAGCAACUGAAUGAAAUACCCAGGUUUAUGGGCAGAGACUAACUAGAUUAUGCCAUUUCAUUCUUUUUCUCAUUGCUUAAUGUUUUUGGAUCUGAAUGCUUCCUCGGGACAAUCGACUGUGCAACCUGCAUUCAUGAAUGAAUUUUGCAUGGGGCUUCUAAAAUGGAUUUUGCGUAGGGCUUCUUUGUGCACUGUAUUGAAAUGGAUUGAUACUGUGCUGCAGCCAUGCUUAGUGAGUUGUGCUCAACUUCCAGGCUGAACUGAGCAUGGACUUUGAUGCUGAGUUAGGCCAAGGCUGUAAUUGCAAGUUCAUGUUUAUGAGUUUUAAAAUGUCAAAUGCUUUUAAGUCCCUUGAAAUUAAAAUACCAUGAACAGAGAGAGAGGGAGGGAGUUGGAAGGUCUUAACGAUGAGUGCCAAUAUAUACUUUAAUCCUAAGACUGUUGGGUGCAACAGAGUGCUUUAUGCUGCAAGUAACGCAUGGGGUGAUAACCUUGUGCAGUAGAUAGUGAUGCAUUGAAGUCAGUGGACUUGACGGGUGUAAUUCUGCCUAGCUCUUGCACUGUUAGUUGCUCAAAAACAGAUGUGAAAGAACAUCACCAUCCAGUUUGCUUUAUUGCUUUAUUGAAGAUCACAACAGUUCUGUUGCAUGCAGACAUGCAUUUACCUUGGAUCCAAACCAAAUAUAUCUUGACUUUAGAGUUUCCUUGUUGUUACCAAACGUCUGUUACACUUCUUUAUUAAGAGCAGCUUUAUUUCCUGAACAUAGAGGUAGAUCCAUUCAGAACAACUGGUUUGCUGCAUGUAAGUUUACAGGAAAAUUUCACUUCAAUUUUAAAUCCCACCUCCAUUUAGCCAAAUGGGUAUUUACUGUUAACUAAGUGCUAGAGUUCGGGAAAGCCUUUGUAAUUUAUACAGUAUACUGGCCACAUCUGCAUUAAAGGGUCUGCGUUUUCUGCUUUAACGCAGGGCUAUUAACUGUGGCUAGGAUGGGUUUGGAAGCCAAAGCUUACGAGAGGGUGUUUGAAAAUGUGCAAUAGGUUUUUGAAAAAAGUUUUAUGAUUGACUCUACAAGGAGGGAGCAGAAAGGCCAAUCCAGAAACCAGUUAAAGCCAUUACAUCAAUUCAUACUAAUAUUAUUCUGAAGAAGUGGAUUCUAUUUCAUAUGCUCUGUAGCUCGUGAAAUGUGUUCCUGUAUUGGAGACUUGGGUGGUGUGGAUGUAUUAUAAAAGCCUCACUCUGGAUGUGUGUGUGUGAGUGUGAUUGUGUUAACAGGUUUGUCAUGGACCCACCAUUGUAUUGAGAGGAAUCAGGAGGGAAAUUGUAUCUUUCCUUCUCCUUUUCCUUUCCUUGCUAAACCGCUGAUCAGUGCUCCUGCCAGUCCUGCAACAAGGCUGUGGCUAUGGGCACCUAGCCCUGGCAGCUGGCAGGUGGGACCAAUUGUGCAGCCUCUGUUUGCUAGCGCUGGGUUCAUCAUGCAUCUAGGAAGCCCACUUCUACCCUUUUUAAUACCUCCUGUCUUGACUGAGGUGUUUGCACACUUAUAGCAUACAACUCCAAACUUAUUAACUGCUGACUGAUUUCUGUCAUUUUUUCAUACAAAUUUAUGAUUUUAUUCUAUGGACUGUUGACAGGAUAGUGGAAUGAAAUAUUCCUAUUAUAGCUGUACAGAAAGUUCCUGAAUUAGUGCUGUGGACCCUUACCUAAGACUAAAGACCAGUUGUAAAGGUGUUUACCGUUUGGUAUAAGCAAUGGCAAGAUUCAUAGAUAUAUUGGUUUAAAUGAGGCUGCAGUGUGGGACUGGGAGGCUUUUCCAUGGGAAGCGGGGAAUCUAAUCUAUUCUUGUUUCUAUUUAUUUCUCAGUGUAAUUAAAGCAAUGAAACAGAGGGAUUUUAGAGUACAUUACAAAGCAGAGUUAUGUAUUUCUAAGUUCACUGAAGACUGUGGACUUGGGAGGGUAUAACUCUGCCUAGAUUGCACUCUUAGUUGCUCCAAAAGCACAUGAUUAAUCAGUUACAUAGUUUUCCCCACUACCCAAACCUCAGUACUGGUGCCUUUGAGAUGUCAGCAGAUAUGUGAGAACUUACAGUAUAAUUUUAAAAAAUGGUUUCUUGUUAAAUGGAAACACAACCGCUGAUUUUUUUUAUUCCUUAUUGCCCUUAAAUGCCAAAUUCCUCAGCUGAAAUUGACUUUUUUUGUGGGUCUAAUUAUAAUGAAACUCGAUUGGUAAAGAUCAGGCAAGAAGUAGUGUUACGACUUUUAUUGGGUGCUUGAUGUCUGUGAACAUGUGUUCAAAGUAGGACAAAUCAGAAAUAAUUGAGGAUCAUAAUUUGGCAGCCAAAUUACAAAGUUCUGUGCUGGCUUUUACACAUCUACAGUGUUGGUAGAACACCACUUAUCUGUUACCCUGCAUUGGUGUGACAGCCACUGUAUCCCCUUAUAUUUAUUUGUGAGUACAAAUCAAGUACAAGGACUGGGUCACAUCUAGUGUGUAUACAUACCAUUGUUUUCUUUUUCUUGGAAUAGGACAGUUGAUUCAUCAAUUCUGUUAUUUGUUUAAUACAUUGUGAAAAAUCCAGCAAUGCACAAAUGGAAAAAGAAAUCUAUUUAGCAUAGUGGAAACACAAGUGUGGAUACAGUAAGUCUGACAUAACACAAGAGACUACCACAAUCCUUUUCUUGUGAUUUCGCUUGUGCGAGAGCUCUAGCACAAACAGAAAUUUUAUGUUGGAUCUAACCCAUUAUCUCGGCUGUUCAGUGAAUGCAUCUUAAAAGAGUUUGCAAUGCAAAGGUUGGCAGGCAUUUGUCUGCUAUAAGCAACGUAUGUACACCUGUUAUAGACACUUUUGUAUGCUUGUUUGUGGAAUGUUGUACUUGGAAGCAGGGGGCAAAAGUAAUGGGAACAUCCCCUCUUAUUAAAAUCCCAACUUGUCUUUCCUCAGGGUCUUGGCUCUUUUUUAUUCCUCUUAGUAUGAGUCAUGAUUAAACAAACUCCUAGGCAACAGGUGAUCUUCUAACCCAAAUAACUUAAAGCAAGCAGUCAUGUCUGUUUUCCAGAUGUGGGGAAUGUUGUAACAUGUAUGCCUGUUGGUGCAAGAUGGGUCUUAACAUUGUGCCUUUUACUGUCCAUCUGGUCUCAGGAGCACAAGAAUUGAUGAUGAUGCCCUUUUGUUUUGUACAGUAUGAGCUCAUUGGAAUGUGUGGGUUUUCUUCAGGAACAUAUCACUUAUGAAACCAGAAGCCAUGAAAGAUUCUGUGUGUAUUUUUAUUGAGUAAAAUGUAUAUACCUUUUUUGUUGGCUGUUCUAUUUUUCUAAUGAUUUCCUCAAGAGUUUCUUGCUGUUGUGAUACAAUUAGUCAGCUCCCAGUUAUAACUUGGCAACCCCUGUUGCUAUUUUUUUCUCCCAUUUCAGUGGAGGGUUGUUCUGUUAGUUUUUUGCCCCUUCCCCAAUAUUCAGUCUUUAUCAUUUUUAAAUGUGACACUUGUAUCUAGAAGCAAAUAAUGCUGUAAAUACGUCUCCCUCUCGUACAGUGUGGUUUUUAACUUUGGAAAUCAACUUGUUAAUAUGGGAUAUCUGUAAAAUGCCUCCAUGAAAUUUAAAUAAAUUAUGUCAGUUUCA